UCUACACGUCUUACAUCCUCACGAGCGAACGGCGCUGCCUCAGCACCGAAGGCACGGGACAGAUAGAGGGGAAGACGAGCCGGGUUCGUCACCGAGCCGAGGUACAAGCCUUUAGAUAUGAGGUGCAAGCUUUUUCGUAUUGGGCAAGUAGCUUCCUCGUUGCGUAGCUCGGAGGACGUUGAUCAAGGCGCCCACCGCCUCCGCCGCCGCCUCCGCCGCCAACAUAAAGCCCGCGUUGGUACGCCCCAGAUCGCCAGGGUGGUGCUGGCGGUAGUCGUCAGCUGUGUACUGCUCGGCGGAGGUUUAGCCCAGAAUUGCUGUUCCGGGCCGGAUGCUGAGAUCGAAUGCGUCGAAUCCGGGGUGGACUACCUAGGAGAGAGAUACUACUGUAUGCACGUGGAGUCCCCGCAAACGCGGGCGUGCGUAUCGUGCAUCCCCUCCCGCAGCAGCAGCACCAAGUGCGCCUACUGCUGCGGAACCCCCAACGCGGAGUGCGACCUGGAGUGGUCCUGGGGCGCGGUCCUCGCCACGCUUUCCGUGUCGGCGGUGUUCGCGACCUGCUCAGGCAUCCUCGCCUUGGCAGAGAAACGACGAAAGCGCAAAGGGAUUUCUCUGGCGAGAGCGUGGUCGAUCCCGCAGGGGAUGCCCGUGCUUCGAGCAACGGUGACAGAUCUAUCGGACGCUGUCAGAGGAAGGGCGUCGAUCUGGCGCGCGGAAGGCUUGGACGGCGCUGAUGUUGGCGAUGAUAACCUGCUUGAGCACGUCGGAUUGUUGGAGGAGAUCCCGAACGACUCGAUAUACGGAGCACUCGUGCAGCAGCGCGACUCCGACAUCCCGGUGGCCAAGUUGGCUGAGGACAACUGGGCCACGGCCUUGGCGUUUGCUGGCGGCCAACCCAACCCAGACUCCGACCCUGUCACGUACGGCAGCACCAGCACAACCACCGCCAGCGCCAGCAGGCGCGAGGGAGGGGGUCGAGAGGGCCAAGAAGAAGAAGAACAAUCUUGGUCGAUUUCGAGGUGGAGAUCCGCGCGUGCGACCGCGAGACAGGCGCGACGCCUCAACGGCAGCGGUGGUGGCAGUCGUAGCGGCAGAGCUGGCGACGGCGUCGUAUCGCCCGCUGACGCUACCACCGCGGCAUAUAUAAGCACGCCGGCGGCGGGUCCACCCCCCGGCGGAGGGGUAGGCGCAGCGGGGGGCCGGGCGAGUAGGUGGGAACCCCCACCGCCUGCUAUUGUCGUAGGUAACGACCCGGAAACGCCGGGGGGGCGGUAGGAUGGAGGGCCGAGCUAGUAAGUAUCAACUGAGCACCGUGUGAGUUAUGGCCACAGUGUGUGUCGCACUGCAUGUACAUAUUCAUAGUCUUGAUGGAGACGACACGGUUCAGAGUUGGUUUAGAGGUGGAGUUUAUGUGUGUGUCUCUUGACCUCGGAUUUUGUUUUUUUCGUGUAGGACCGCAACAGCAGCGGUAGCAAAGCCACGGUAGAAGGACACCCACAGCCAGUUUCUUUAAAACAACGAGUUUGGGAUUUGCUUGUGUAGUUUUUUUUCAUCAUUUUUGUUGCAAAAGAAGAAAAAAAACGAGCUUUCUAUUUGUACAAACCCGGUUCUCCAAACCCGGACAGCAGCAUAGAAUAGCCAAGCAGAGCACCCAGCCAGUUUUUAGAGGUCGACACGGGCGUUUUGGGAUUUGCUGGUGUAUUGUUGUUUGUAGCUUUGUUUCAAGAAAAUCGGGUCGUCUGUCUGUUUGUACAGACGAACGCCAGGUUCUUCGAACAGGGGCAAAAUCAGAUCUAGAUCUAAUCUAGAGUAGAGUGUGACCCGGUUCUUGCCAUCGGCGCUGGAAUCAUGAGAAAGACCAAAAAUCGGCUUUAGAUUUCUUAAAGGGCAAUGUAUUGACGACCGUGUGGGCGAAAUUAGGUGCAACACUUAGAUUAUUGCAGAUUCGUGGUGUGAGGGUGGUGCGCCGUGGUCGAUAGUCGAACAAGUACAAGUUUGUGUGCGUGUGAGUGUGCUCCAUGUAUUCUGGGUUGAGUCUACACACCUCUCGGCGUUUUUGCCUCACGUGUCAGACGGGAGGAAUGUCACGCAGGAGUUUUGUUGGUUGGUUUUUUGUUUAUUUCCUUCCGGCGAGAUGAUGAACGAUGAGACGUUCGCGAAAUAGCGGGCGUUGCGGGGGAACGUUCCUCGGAACAAACUAUUUAGAAAUCCAAGCCACGUGGUUCGGAUAACUGCUGGCUUUUCGUCGAUACGCGUCGCGCCAAGAGAAACCUUUUUGCGGCACUGAGGUGUGUGAGGUAUCGCGUUUCCCUUGUUUCCUUUUCCUGCGGUGUACAGGGGUGGGUGGGGAGCUGAAUGGCUCGAAACCAAAAGCGGUAGAAGGAUAUCCGCCAAUGACGACGACUAGCUGU